AUGGCGGUUACACAGAUGCGCCCCUUGCUGCGCAGGGCUCGCCAUGUUUUUGGUCGGACAAAGGAUGAAGAGGGAAGAAGUUCUUCGGUCGACACUGGCGCUGUGGAGGGAACUUCCGAAAAGAAGGAUCCUGAGGCUACUGACAAUGUGGUUCCUGUUAACGAUAAUGGAGCGGAAUUGCCCCAGGAAGGCUUGCAGCAGGGUGUUGCUGAUGCCGAAGCUAUAACCCUUACUUGGUCGAGAAAGGUUCUGUUCUUGGUGUUCUUGAAUAUUUGGUUGUUGUACUUUGUCAAUGCAUUCCAGGCAUCCGUUUACGACACAAUCAGUCCUUAUGUCGCGAGUUACUAUGAAUAUCACUCGCUGUCUGGUCUCCCUACCGCUAUUGGUGAUGCUUGUUCUGCCGCUGUCUACAUUCCGAUGGGCAAAAUGCUCGACACGUGGGGUCGAGCUGAGGGAUUUCUGCUCAUGACCAUUUUUUCUACCUUGGGCCUGAUUCUCAUGGCCGCUUGUGAUGGAUUUUCCAUCUACUGCGCUGGAUAUACGUUCUACAUGAUGGGCUUCGGUGGAAUGGAGUACUGUGUGGAUGUCCUCACGGCCGAUAUGACCAAGUUGCAGAACCGAGCUUUUGCUUACGCUUUCACCUCUUCUCCAUACAUCAUUACAGCAUUCGCUGGUCCCACCGUUGGCCAGGAAUUCUAUGCUCUUCCUGGUGAUGGCUGGAGAUGGGGAUUCGGUACCUGGGCGAUCAUCUUCCCCAUCACUGCUGCCCCCCUGUUCUUCACCUUGAAGCAUACACUUCACAAGGCCCAGAGAGAGGGCCAUGCGGUCAGACUUCCUAGCGGCCGCACAUUCCUUGAGAGCACAUGGCACUGGAUCCAAGAAUUUGACAUAAUUGGCGUAUUUAUCUUCACCGUUGGUCUCGUGCUCUUUGAACUUCCUUUCGACAUUGCGGACUAUGCCCCUGACGGCUGGGCAACGGAUUACAUCAUUGCGAUGCUUGUUGUUGGAUUCUCCAUGCUUUUCUUCUUCGCUCUCUGGGAGAAGUUUUUGGCCAAAGUACCUAUGCUGGACAUCACCUAUAUCAAGAACCGUACCGUCAUCGGUGCCUGUCUCCUGGAUGCCACAUACCAGCUAUCCUACUACUGCUGGAACUACUACUUCACGUCGUUCCUACAAGUCGUAAACGGACUGACCCCCAAAGAAGCCGGAUGGAUCAACCAUAUCUUCGACAUCGUCUCCGGUGUCCUCUUGCUGUUCGUCGGUUUCUCCAUUUCCAAGACCGGGCAUUACAAGUGGCUCCUAUAUAUCUGUGUUCCACUCUACAUCUUGGCUCAAGGUCUCAUGAUCUACUUCCGUCACGCCCGAUUUAACGUCGGCUACCAGAUCAUGUGUCAGAUCUUCAUCGCCAUCGGUGGUGCGUGCUUCAUCAUGGUCGAGCAGCUUGCCAUUCUCGCCGCUGUUGAUCACCAGCAUUUCGCUUCGGCUCUUGCUCUGUUGAACGUCGUUGGUACAAUCGGUGACAGUGCAGGUCUUACUAUCAGUACUGUUGUUUGGGAGAACACCUAUCCUGUCGCCUUGAAGCGUUAUCUCCCUGAAUCGGCUAUGUCGAACUUUGACAACAUCUACAACAGUCUUUACACCCAGCGAGGAUACCCACUGGGUUCGGCGACCAGAAUUGCUAUCCAGAAGGCUUAUGGGUACGCCGAGCUGCGCUUGCUUGCUAUCGGUACGGGUAUCAUGGUUCUCGCUAUCCCUUGGACUAUUAUGAUCCGCGACAUCAACGUCAAGGAGAAGCCACAGGUAAAGGGUGUAGUUUUCUAA